AUGGCAAAUGACUACAUCCAAUUAGAUGGAAUCAAUUGCCAUCCAUCGACACAUAAGUUUCGAGCACUCGUUACAGAUCUUGCAUCUGUUGUGCAAAACGAAGAAGAGAUUAUUACUUAUAUUGCAUCUUAUCAAGUUAACAUAUAUGUGGGCACUUCUUUAGGACAAAUUUUGCAUUAUCAUCAUUUCGAAGAUGCUUCCGAUUAUAUUUUAAUUUCACAAUUACAAAUAUCUCAAGACAAGAAACCGGUGAAGAAGAUAUUGAUACUACCUCACAUUGAAAGGGCACUAGUUUUAUGCGGUGAAAUUGCAAGUGUAUACUCUGUCCCAGAAUUAUCCCCAUCACAUAUUGGUAAAUUGAAGAAAAUAGUUGAUUUACUGUACUUUUCAAAUCAUUCUCCCUUGAAAAAUUCUGAAAUACGACCUAGUAUCGAGAAUGAGGAAGUACUAACUUUAACAGAUGAUAAAAUUCGAGUAAUUCAAGUUAGUAAAGAACUGAUUAAAUUAAUCAAGGAUAUAAGCUAUUCUAAUGCUAUAAAAUGUGUAGCAUUUAGCUCUUUGAAUAUGCUGGAUCAUGGUUCUUUGGCUGUGGUAGCAAAUGAAAAGAAUUAUGAUAUAAUUGACUUAAAGAAGACUCGCAAAGUUCCAUUAUUUGACUAUCACCCCAAUGCAAAUGACGACAUGUAUCCUCAAAUUGUCCCUUUUUUUCCUAAUGAUGAUGAAACUGAUGAAGAGAUUUUACUUACAAUCAAGUCCGAUGAGUCUACGUCUAUGUCAAUGUUUAUUAACUCCUCUGGUGAUAUUACAAGAGGAACAUUAUUAUGGCCAAGCGGCGAACAUCCGUCUGGUGGUGUUUCAAUUGAAUGGCCAUAUGUAUUUGCUAUAUGCAAAUCGAAUAAUUUAAAAAGCAAGAUGAUCGUCGCCUCUUUGAAGUCAUUUGAAACUGAAUCUAGCUAUUACAUUCAGGAUCUCUUGAAUAUUUCGGAGGGAGAAAAAGAUUCUAGAGAAGUGGUAACAGAUUCUGCAGAAAUUACAAAUCAAGAAGCUAAUACAGUAGAACCUAUAAUGGAAACCUUACCGAAAGAAUCAAGCGCAGAUGAUGUGCCGCCACAAACAGCCUCAAAUAUUAAAGAUGAUGAUACUGAUAAGAAUUCUGAAGGCUAUAAGAUAUUGAAAGUAUAUCAAAAUAUAGAAUGCAAUGAUGACGAGCUUUCAAACUUAUUAAGUAAGACUGAUAUUAAGGAUGGUUCUAUAAUGAAUUCAAAUUCAAAAUACAAUAUUGGGAGCACAACAUUAGUAUACAAAGAAUCUAGUAUUUGGAUGAUGUAUGAAAUUAACCAGAUAAUAACUUUGACAAAGAAGAUACGUGAAAUAUCUUUAGGCACUUCUCUUAAUUUAGAAGAAAUAAAGAAUAUAUCAAAGCUGUUAGAAGCGAUUAUUCCAAAAUACACAUGUGAAUUACAUGAUUAUUCAAUUCAAUUUCUUUUCUUAUUAUACACCCUGGAAGGUAAUUAUAACCAAUGCAUGGAACUAUCAUUCCAAAAGGUAAAAGAUGGUACAAAUAAGGCUUCAGAGCUAAGCCUUGAUCCGAGGUUUGUAAUAUUUGCUAUUGAUAGCAUUCAACCUAACGACCCAUUGUUGCUGAACUUUCAAAUUUUUACAGGAUUAACUGAUAUAAGUGAACAUUUAUUUGACAGACAUGUCCAAAAUGGCCUUUUAAUUGACUAUUUGGAAAAGCUCUACACUGAAUAUCUAGUCGAUGGGGACGAUACUGACGAGGAUCUUUUGAAGUACUGUCGCAUGAAAUUAUAUCAAGAAAAGCUUACUUCGAGUAAACUCCUAAUUGAUUUUAUCAAUCACCAUGAUAAGGAGAUAUGGAAGAUUCAAAGUUUGAAUAAUGAUGACAUCUUAAAUCUUGUAAAGAACAGCAAGAAUUAUUUUGGUUUAUUACAGAUAUACCUCACAUUGGUAGACAAUUCAGAAGAACACUUUAAAGAGGAAAUUUCUAAAGAAAUAUGUGAUAUAUGUUUAAGAUUGUUAGAUGAGGAAUUAAGUGAUCCUGACGUAACCAAGCCAUUAGGUUCUGAAGUACAUUUUAAUGAUGUUUCUUUUAAUUUGCAAGAAAUAAUCUUAUCUCAGCUUAAAGAGAAUGUAAAGAAUGAUAACACCUACUCAAAAUACUUACUUGAAGUUUUGAAAUUUAAUCCUUCAGUGGGUUUAUCAUUCAUGAAGGCAAAUAAUGACACGCAAAAAGCAACUCAUAAGCGUAUUAUUGAAGAAAUGUCCGAAUCGUUUUCUAAUGAGAUCGAUUUUUCACAACUACGCUUAGAGUACAUGGAAUCUAGCUUCUUAGAAGCUUUGGAAAUUGAGUUGGAUUUAGAAGCUCUAGAUGAAUUUCUCGUUGAAUUGACCAAAGGAAUUGUUUCGAAAUUGGAAGACAGUAAUAAAUUCAAUUUUAAUAUUUUACAACAAACUUACCAGAUAGAAAAUUCAUUAAGUGAUUCAAAAUGGCCUAAAAUAAGCUGGCCAGAUUAUUUAAGAAUUAGCAUGAAACGGAGCGAGUGCCAACAAUUUAUUGAUGUUUAUUUGAAGAUCUUGGAGCUCUUAAUUAUCAGAACUCGGAAUAGGGAUUCACAGUAUACAAGCACUAUCAGCAAAUUUGAAGAGAUUAUUUCUGUCGAAAAUAUAUUCAGUUAUUUUAAACUGAUCUAUAGUAAACAGGAAGAUUCGCUUGUAGGACUACUUGAAUUUUCGGAUUACUCUAGUGCUGAGUAUGUUGCUUUGUAUGGUGAAUUUCCUUUGCCUGUGUCUGCCUGCUAUUUCAGAAAUUCGAAAUAUAUCACACUGAAUAAUAGAUCAUCAUACAAGCAUAAGAAGAACAAUCUAGUUAACAUAUUUCAGUUUUACAUUAAGAGAGAGUGUGAUGACCACCAGCACUUCCCAGCAAUACAGCAUUUUAUAUCAACUUACGGCAUUCUAUUUACAGUUGGAGAAGUGCUAGCAAUGGUACCAAUUCACUUUCCAAUUAUUUAUUUGCAAGAUUACUUGAGAAACGUGAUAAUUAACAUAGAUGCUGAUCAUAGAGAUACAGGUUUAAAAAAGAUCUUGAGCAAGGUCGAUGCUAAGUUUACAAAAGAUCUUUGUAAUGAUCUAACACCUGAGGAGCAAUAA